AUGACGGUUUCAGUUGGUUUAACAUCCUGUGCACCUCAUGCUAAAGACCUUGAGCGAAAAUUAGACACAGUGGAUGUACAAGGUGAUGGAGUAAAAAAAGAGGAUGCUUUGAAAGGUGACCAGAGCAGGUGUGGAAGUUCAAUUCAAGGAGUAGAUGACGUGUGUUUACCAUCAUCUUUGAAAAGUAUCGAGACAAUCAAAAAAGAAUUCGGAGAGACUGAUGGUUCCUUGGAUAAAUCUUCACCUUCAAGUGAGAAUGGAGCAGUGGGUAACCAAGGUGACAUAUCUUCGGUUGGUGAUAAGUGUUUGAGUCCUAAUAAGGCAUCAAAGGGAGGGAAAGCUGUCAGUCGCGGUAGAAGAAAAAGUGAUAACAAGGACUACAAUCAAAAGUCUCAAGGCAACAGUCGAAAUCGCGGGAGAAAAAUAUCCAAAAGUACUAGAGAUUAUGAGAACAGUUCUAGCAAUGGUGGCAAUUCUGGGGCAGAUGGAAAUGGAGAGGAUAAUGGAAGUGAUGAUGAUGAUGAGGAUGAUGACGGGGAUGAAGAUGAUGAUGAUGAUGAUGAGGAUGAUGAUGAUGAUGAAGGAGAAGAUGAAGAUGAGGACGAGGAUAAUGAAGAUGAUGAUGAUGAUAUCUCAUUAAAUGGAAAUGAUAAGAGUGUAAAGACAGAAAAGAUUAAGCAAGAGCCGGAUGAUCAAGAGGUAUUACUACACUACAGCUAGAAAUACACACACAUGUACAUGUAAUGAUCUAGUGCUGUUUUCAAUCCCAAAGUGUAGGGAUGAAGAGUCAAAAGAGUCAUAAAUUUACUUUAACACCCUACUGUUGAGUGUUGAUAGUCAUUGUUCAUUAUUGUUUUGGUUUUUCAUUGCUACAUGUAAAUGAAUUCCUAAUCUUCUAGCAGCUAGAUUGUUGAAAGGGGGCACCAUUUGAUUUGCAAUGCAUAUAUCAUACACUUAAUGUCAGAUCUCAAGGAAAACAGUUAGUUUUGUCUUCCCAAGAGUCCUGAAGUUUCCCACGACGAAGUCGAGGAAAACAUCAGGACUGGAGGGAAAACAAAACUAACUGGCUUCCCGUGGGACCUGCCAUGAAGUUUUGUGUUAUAUUUCUAGACUUUCACUUCAACAGCAACAAAAGAAUGACUGGAGCAAAUCAAAUCAGUCAACUCGGUGCUUAUACAACACACAUUUAAUUCUCAAAACCACUGAAUGAAUGAUUUACAAAGUACUUUCCUCAUAUUAUCUGCAUCUUUUUCCUCCACCAGCUGCUGUUUCUCUUCUAGGAUAACUUUGAAAAUCAUUGCUUUUUAGCUUGAAGCUUCAUGUUUGUUGUGUGUUCAUUCACAAAAAAGAAAACUGGUAGUGUUUUCCCCGCCUUCUGUCACGCCUCUUUCCACCAUGUUUUGAUCACGUGCUGCAAUGUAUCCCAAGCGGGUUACAAUUGCUCAAAUGUAUCGCAAUUGGGAUACAUUUGAUUUUGGUCAAGGCCAUGUGACCAAAAAUCAACCAUUGGCAGUCCCUGUUUAGUUGAGUGAAAGUCUAGGAAUAUAACAAUGGUUUUUCAUAUAUGAAAAGUAGAGCCUGCAGUACUAGUCAUUCCCUAACAAAGAGAGCUGAUUAAUGGUUUGGCUUGAUUUUGUGUGUGUAGUGUAACAGCUAGACACUUUCUGUUUUCGCCAGAGCACAUAGUCAUGAAAGGAUAAAAUGAAACUUCUUUGCCAGUACUUUUACAUACAUGUAGUACCACUUGCUUUCUUGUUUUUUUGUCCUCUAACUUUUACAUAAUGAGUCAUUGCCAUACUGUACAUAAGAACAGGAAAAUGUUGUGUACAAAAAGAUAAAAAUAAACUGCAAAAAUAUGGAUAAAGGUACAUUUUAGAAUUAACCAAUUAUUUGAUUUGUUCAAACAGAUGUGUCCUACAGGAUUGCAAAGUUUCAUGGCAGGCUUGGAUGGCAGUAAUAUUCCAUUAGCUGAUCUUCUUGAAAAGCUUCCAAACUCAGUGUGUCCUGGAGAUGAGAGUGGCUCAACCUCAGUGUCUCCUGGGGUUCCUGUGACACUUCAUGGGAUAGUCUGUCAUGAAAUAGGAGGUAUGGCUAACUUAAGUUUUCUGGUAUGCGAUGGCUAUGAUAUAUAACCUUAUUACAAUAACUUACCAAAUUCAUUUACUGUAAUAUUUUUGGCUUUAAUUUUUCAAAUUUAUUGGAGUUGAGGCAAUGGAAAGUAGGUUUCUUCCUGUCAUUGUCUGAGAAAGUAGAGUGGUUUCAGCGAAUUUUAAUGGUAUUGUAAAAUUCAAUAAUACUCUAAAAUGCAAGUAUAAACAAUAUUGCAUUGUAAAAAUCAAGUCAACAUGAAUUUUAGAUCACUUUUUAGAGUCUUCAGCAAUGUAGAUUUACACCUUUUUCAAAAAGGUGAUAGUGAUAUCCACCAGAUAAAUCUCUAUCCACUGGAUAACACAAUUGAUUUCCCUAAUCUUACAAUGUAUCUGGCUCCAGUUGUUCAAAAGCUGGAUAGUGCUAUCCACCAGAUAAUCUCUAUCCACUGGAUAGCGCAAUUGGCUCCCCUAAUAUUUAUCCACUGGGUAGUGAUUUAUCCGGUGGAUAGCGCUAUUCAGGUUUUGAACAAUGGGGGCCUGCUGGAUAGUGGUUUGAACAACCUGGUCCAGGAGUAGAUACAUGUACAUGUAGCACAUUUCUAAAAGUAAUACGUUUUAACAUUCUUCAGUAAAACUACAAACUGCACUUGAAUGUGAGUGUCCUUCAUGUCUGACCAAAGCUGCCAAUUCAUUUUUACUAUGGUAAUUUUUUUUCAGAUCCAACAAUUCAAUUAGCUGUUGUAGAAAUAAUAAUACCAACGAUUGUGACUUUUUAACUAAAAAUAAUAAACUGUGAUUUGUUGCGUUUUCUGAAAUGUUUGUUUUAGGGGUAUUGGUUGUAAAUAUCAAAUGGAGAAACAAGUUUUAUUGCGGCUCACUGAUAGACUGUUCCAAGCAUGCAUGGGCCAGCCCAAGGUACUGUUCAUACAUUUUCAAAGUUUGUGAAUAUUAAGUAAAUCACUACUUUGACUGAGGCUUGGAUAUGUGGUCUUCUUGACAUCAAAUUUUGCACAAUUAUGAUUUAAUAAUUGUUUUCAAGAUGUGAACAUUGAGAAGCUGCAUCAGACAAUCAAGAGCCUACGUGUAUAAUGUAUGCCAUUAGAUGGUUAACCCACUUGAAUUAAUCUAGUUAUCUGAUAAAACACUGACUCUAUCUGUUACUGCUAGUAGAUGUACCUUAUUGGUACUUAAUUUAUUUUGGGUUUUUCGCGAUUACAAAAAUUUGUGAAAUUAAAGACUUGCAAAAAUAAAUCCUCAUGAAAUUUAAGCACUCAAAAUUAAAUACGUAAGUAAAAAAUUUAAAUCACAGAAAAAAAUAUUAUGAACUUGAAAUAGCAACAACAGUUUACAGGAUAUGUAUCUAUAAUAAUAUAACUUAUUCAAAACUGGUUACGCUGGUAAGCUCAGUUUUGUAUUGUGAGUAAGUGAAAUAACACUAAUUUGUGAAGUUUUCACUUAUUGCUUUUCCAGUUUAAGUAGAAAUUUGAAAUUUUUCAGAAAUUUGUUACAAAUAAAAUGACGUUGAGAAUGCCUAAAUCGUGAAAUUUAAUGCCCUUUUCUCAUAUUUGCAUGCUGAAGUUGUGAAAAUAAAACCCUGUGAAAUACUCUCUUGCCAAAUUCAAGAAAUUAAAUUAGCCGCGAAAUUAAGUACUAGUAAGUUACAAUGUACUUGGACCCCAGCUAAGAAUUGACUUACAGAUCAUUAUAUGACAGGGCAAUACUGUAGUCUUAGUGUAAAAACACCUGUCACUGUAGUUUUAUCAGACCAGUGCCAUAAAUUAUGUUGUAUGUUGUAUGUUGUGAGCAGUAUGUUGUAUGUUGUGAACAGUAUGUUAUGUUGUAUGUUGUGAGCAGUAUCCCUCCCUCCCUUUUUUCACACACCUGAAAAUUGUCAUUCUUUGUUCUCACAGGUUUCCUGCAGCGGAUGGAAGUGAAAAUGAAGUAAAGAUGGGAGGAAAGGGAGGAAAGGGAAAGAGAAGACAGAAGAACAUCUCAGAGUCGUCUGCUACAGGAGUUGUUAAAGAAGGUAUAGUUUUCAUCCAUUUCCCAGUUAACUUGUGUCAGUAGUGAUCUGGAUUAGAUUUUUAAUACCCUGUGCACAAUGUAUCUUUCACAACUUGCAGCCACACCUUUAAAGCACAAGUUGCGUGGCAGGAAGAAAGGAGCUGCCAAUGGCCCACCUCCAAAAUCUCAAGUGUUCAAAGGCAUUGGCAAGAGGAGAGCAAAAAAUAUGGAUGAUGACGAGGAUGGACCACGCCCUGGCAAGCGAAGCUGCACAAUGAAGACAACUGUGUCUCCUCAGCCAUCUCCCACCUUGAUAGAGUGUCCAGAACCUGGCUGUGACAAGAAGUAUAAGCAUAUCAAUGGAUUACGCUAUCAUCAGGCACAUGCCCACUUGGAGGAAGUAUGUAUCUUAUCAUAAACAUUAGUAUCAGCUACUGUGUAUGCUUUUGUAAUGAGGGAACCCACAUAUUUGGAAUCUUGUAUCAAUCCUACAGAUGUACUGUUGUGUAGUGUAUGAGUUAUUCCAUUUUUCUCUUGGUCAAUUUCAUUUUCCCUUCUUUCUGGCUAAGGUAAUGUAUGAGAAUGAGUUAGAAACAAAAGAGAGUAAAGUUUAAACCAAAAAUCAAAUUAACCACAACAUAAUGAGUAUGCCAACCACUACAUUUGAUGUUACUGGAAGGAUGCCUAAAGUAGUGAAGCAAACUGGAGCCCAAGGUGCUAGAUUUUUGAGGUUGUGUGCUUCAAACUUGAAAUAGCUGAGUGUGGAUAACUUGUUGCAGGGUACAUGUAUAUACCAGUCAUGUUGAAAGUUAUGUUUUUUUUAAGGUGACUCGACCCAGUUUUUUUUAGGGGGUACCAUCCUACUCUGAAGCUCUCUGGUAUCCCCACCUUUACUUUUAUGGUAAGUCUAACACAUAGAAUGGAUAACAUAUAGAUUAAUCUAAAAUAUAACAUAAAAUUUUUGGCGAUCGGAGUAUAUGUCACGUGGUUAUAAUGCCACGCCCCUUUGAGGUCUGAGUCGAAAAUCUGCUGUUGCCGGCAUUUUUUCGUGAAAAUCUCUCGGCUACACAUAGUGCGCAUUAGUGCCUUGCGCUGAACAGAGUUUCACCAAAAUCGCAAAGACCCAAUUCGAGAAAUUCAGCGGUUUCCAAAUUUAGGUCAUAAUUUAUGCGAAAAUGAUAAGCAAACUUUACACGGAUUAUAUCUAAUAAACUAUGAGAUUCAUCUCUUUAUUUUGGGCAUCGUUAUAACAGAUGGGUCCUUGCAAGUCAGCAAAACGCUUUAGGGCCUUGUAAAUGCGCGCGAUUUCGAGCAAAGCAAACAUAUAGAAAUUAUAGUUUUCGCUAUUUGUUGACGUUUGUCAGCGUUUAAGAGUCCUUCUCACGAAAAAAGCAUUUUCUUAAAAAUUCGUAGUUUUUUUUCCUUCAAAUUUUUUCAGGGCCACAAUUGAUUAACUAACUACCCGGACUCUGAAUUUCAUGGUCAUUGAAAAACUGUGACAUUAUCUUCUAUAAGCCCAAACUUGAGUAAACAUUGAAGAUUUUUAGCGUUUUGGCUGAGUUUGUGCUUUGGGAGUUGUCUAUUGUUUCUAGUCUGUCAUUAUACAGCAUUCUUGUUCAGCACGCGUGCAAUGACCGCGCUUGGCUGACUUCCGAAUGCUCACCGAGAUAUAAUAAUUUUGGUACAGUGAGACAGGCCAUCGCGUGAUACAUAGAGGUUUAAGUCACAAUUUUUAAUCAAUUCUCGUGCUUCUUGUGCCUUUGCAAAAAAAUCAAGAAGUGCUACACACUAAAUCUACUUACUAUUAAAAAAAUAUCAUUUUUUCAUAGGUUUAAUGCAAGCCAAUAAUUAAACCAACUCGUGACGGGAAUAUCUCGGUGAGCAUUCGGAAGUCAGCCAAGCGUGGUCAUUGCACGCGUGCUGAACAAGAAUGCUGUAUAAUGACAGACUAGAAACAAUAGACAACUCCCAAAGCACAAACUCAGCCAAAACGCUAAAAAUCUUCAAUGUUUACUCAAGUUUGGGCUUAUAGAAGAUAAUGUCACAGUUUUUCAAUGACCAUGAAAUUCAGAGUCCGGGUAGUUAGUUAAUCAAUUGUGGCCCUGAAAAAAUUUGAAGGAAAAAAAACUACGAAUUUUUAAGAAAAUGCUUUUUUCGUGAGAAGGACUCUUAAACGCUGACAAACGUCAACAAAUAGCGAAAACUAUAAUUUCUAUAUGUUUGCUUUGCUCGAAAUCGCGCGCAUUUACAAGGCCCUAAAGCGUUUUGCUGACUUGCAAGGACCCAUCUGUUAUAACGAUGCCCAAAAUAAAGAGAUGAAUCUCAUAGUUUAUUAGAUAUAAUCCGUGUAAAGUUUGCUUAUCAUUUUCGCAUAAAUUAUGACCUAAAUUUGGAAACCGCUGAAUUUCUCGAAUUGGGUCUUUGCGAUUUUGGUGAAACUCUGUUCAGCGCAAGGCACUAAUGCGCACUAUGUGUAGCCGAGAGAUUUUCACGAAAAAAUGCCGGCAACAGCAGAUUUUCGACUCAGACCUCAAAGGGGCGUGGCAUUAUAACCACGUGACAUUUACUCCGAUCGCCAAAAAUUUUAUGUUAUAUUGUAGAUUGAUCUAUAUGUUAUCCAUUCUCUGUGUUAGACUUAUGAUAAAAGUAAAGGUGGGGAUACCAGAGAGCUUCAAAGUAGGAUGGUAGCCCCUAAAAAAAACUGGGUCGAGUCACCUUAAAUUCUGUUGUGGUUUAAUUUUACGUUUGGUUUAAAUUUUAUUUUCCUUUGUUUUUGGUUGUGAUAAUGUAUGAUAAUGAGCGUGAAAGAAAGGAAAUUAAAAUUUAAACAAGAGAUGAUAUUGAACCACACCAUAACCAUUGUCUUUCAUCCCUACUUGUAAUCUCUACUAGUUGAAAAAAAUAUGCUCAACGUGUUAAAAUAAAAGUAAUUCACUCCUUUCUAUUCCAGUCCAACCAAUCAGAUGAGAGGUCUGCUAGCACCAGUCCCUCUCCUGUGGAAGAGUUUAAAGAGCCUGAUACCAAGCCUGGUUUCAAAGGAAGAACGUCACGAGUAAGUGCACGAGCAAGAAGCAUGUCACCUUCCCUAGCAGCUGCCAUUGCUUCCAUGAAUGAGAAAAAGAGUGACUCGUUAUCGAGAGGUAACAAGAAAAGAGAAACACCGGAACCAACAUUAGAUGGUAAAAAUGCAAAGGAGGCAAAGAUAUCCAAAUCACCAAUUCCUGCCAGUGAGGAGGACAGCAACAUGGAAGAGCCUGUGACAACUAUUGUAGAAAUUUCUGAUAAGUGCCAACAGGCUUGUGAACAUGAGAUAAGAAAGGAAAAUAGGGAACUUGGCAUUGAUCAAGGUAAACAAGGAAUUUCAGAUUCCAAGUCUGGGUUCAAACCAAUAGAGAAGUUGGAAACUGGAGCAAAAUGUGUGCAAGUUGAGAAUGUCACACCAGAGGAUGCUAAUGGCUCAGCUGUGGCUCAUGCAUCAUUAGGAGAACCAGCAAGUACUGCUGCAAAGACAGGGGAAAUGCCAACAGCUGGCAAAGUUGCGAUUAAAGAGACAGCUCAAAACAGUCAAGAAGUUUGGGAAACUGUUAUUGACAGUGGGUUUAGUGUGGCAAAUGGUAGUGGUAAAUCCCAAGACUUGGUUGAGGAUGUAGAAAAAGCUAUUCGGGAUAACAGUCUAAGCAAUAAACAGUUUGAGGGCCAGUUAUGCAUUCCUGGCAUGCAGCCAGUUGAUUUACGUCAGGCUGUUGACACUGGAGUAGGACUUAUUAACCAGCUGGGCAUUGAAGUGGAAGAUAUUAGUGAGAAUGAAGAAGAUAUUGACCCUGGGCAAGGUAAGGCAACAACAAAAGCAUUAAUUUACACGUUUAAUAGUAGGGGCACCAUGUAAAAGGGGCCCAUAGUGUCUUCUGUGUAUGCCUAUGUAUCAAAGGGAGAAUUUGACAUGACAUCAGGUGUCACUUGGUUAAUUAUUCGAUUCCACACAAUCUCUUUAAGUGGCAGCAGUCUCCAGGCCCAUUUGACUUGCUUGUUAACAUCAUAAUUUUAUUUCAGCACUGAGUACCUGGUUACAGUGUAUAAGUGUUAAGUGUAAAGCAUUAAUUUUGUAAGGGACAUGGAAUAAGGCUCAGUGACUUUUGAUGUAGAGUCAAAUUCUCUCUUUGUUUUACUAGUCAAUACAAAGCAAUGUGGGUGCAGAAUGUGUCCAUUUACCAGAAAUCACUUACAUGUAUUUGAAGCCUUAUUCCAGUCAACCUUUCAAUUUUAUUCAGUGGUCAAAAAAAAGAAGAAUCUUAAUGAGCAAAACUUCGAUGGUGAUGCUAACGAGUCGGGUGUUGUAAACUCUCAUAAUCAUGCAAAUGAGUCUUUAAUUAUUAUUGUUGUGAGCAUGCUGUUUUUAGCGAUGAUUGAAACGAUGCACCGUGUUCAUUUGUUUUCAUUCUUUGGCAAUGAUGUAAUAAUUCUCUGGAAUUGAGGCCCUUGAUUUUCGUGUAUUUAAACGCACAUUGGAUAUGAUUGACAAAACAAAUAGACAAAUAUGACAUAAAAAGUAAAUUAAUAUCCUGAAGAAUACUCAACUGUCAAUGAAGUAGGAUCUGAAAAAUGUUUAUAGAGGAAAUCCUGUUUCUAGUUAAUCGCCUCCUCAAGGCUUAUCUAAUCUCCAAGCAAGUUGGACAAAUGCUUUUGAGAGCGUUCUUGUUAUUUCUAAAGACUGGAUAUCUAUAGGACACCUGGAUAGCCAUUUGUUUAAUACCUUGACAUUCAUUAGUAUUAGAAGCACAAAUAAUAUGUUAAAAUGGCAACUGCAGUUCAAAUUAAAUAUGACAAAUUUAUAUAAAAAUAAUAAAUCAUGUAUGUAAACAUAAAUGUACUGUGUUUAAUUUACCUUUAAUAAGUGCCUGACAAGUUUUUUUUCCUUAACAAUUAUUUACCACAGAUUCUGAAUACACCAGUAAAGAUUUGGCUACUGAUAAAGUAAAGUCUGAGAAAGAAAGGGAGAACUCUUUUCCUGACUCAGGGCACUGCCUAACCCAGAUAAAGAAACCAGAAAUGAAAUCCAGUGAGAGCUUCUCAAAUUCUGAUUCACUAAGAACUAAGCUUGGAAGCAGCUUUUAUUUUGACAUGAGAAAUGAGAACACUGACAGAGAUGGUAAGAGAAACGUGAAGCAAGAAACCAAAUCCUUGUCAGAGUGCCAAAGUAUAAAAACUGAGGCUUGGAGCAAGUCCACAAAUUCUCUUUCACAGUCAUCAGUGACGUUGCAAGGGAACACAGAUACAAGGUUAAUAGCUGUAGAAAACAAGACUCCAAAGACUACAAGUGGAGGAAUUUCCACAGAGGAUCUUGUUUCUAAGAGUAUUUCACGUAGUGCAAUUGAACCACCACUAACUAAUACUGAUGCUCCAUCAGUGAGAUACCGAGUCUUUGAAUGCAGAAACUAUGGUGAUGACUUCUAUGAUAAAUGCAUUAGGACGUCAAAUAUGGAUAAGAAAGGAAGUACAGAGUCAAAAACUACUCUAGCUCCUAUUCGAUAUCCAGAACUUCUGCGUAAUGGAGCUACAAGUAGUUCUGAGCUGACUUCAGAUUGUAGCAAAUUACCCUCUGAGAGCAUAAGAACAACUGGGAAUGCUAAGAAUUCUUUGGAGUUGGAAGAGAAUACUAGUAUCAGUAAGAUCCCAAACAAUGAGCUUCGUGUUGCUGCCACUAUUGCUAGAACCCAUAGUCCAACUCCAGAGGCUUUCAACAGAAAUCCCAAUUUGCCCGAUAAGUUGAGGACAAAAAGCCCAAGCUCGGCAACUUCAUUUACUGGCACUGUGAAGAAUUUGUCUCCUUCUACAAGAUCAGGGUUUGACUCCAAAUCACCCUCCUCUUUCUCAACCUCAAGCGCUAAAUUGCAUUCCUCAAUAGCAGACAGGAAAGAGCCAUCAAAUCCUUUUCAACCUGUGAUUGUGGAACAUGAUUUCCAUCAUACAGAGGGAACAAAAGGAAUUAAACAAGAAGUGAACUUGAACCAGUCUAACACAAAAACAGCAUUUGUGGAUUCCAAGAGCAGACCAGGUUAUAAUGACUCAACUGGUAACAGGAAAAGUCUGUACCCUAGCCAAGAAACAGAAAAUCAUGAAAAGUCUUACAAGACAGCUGCCAGAGCCCUUUCCAGACCACACCCAACAUUAAUUUCAAGAAACAGUAAUUCACUGCCACCAUCACUCCCUGUUGGUGUGGCCCUUCCAUAUCCUAGAGCUUCAGAUGGUGGGUUAGCAUCAAGUCUUUCAAAGGGCUUUGAACAAAAGACAUCGGUUGGUGGGUCAUCUGUUACAUCAGGUAACAUUCCUCUUGUUCUUUGUUAUGUAAGGCAUAGCUAUAAACAUAAGUUAUUACCCAUUAGACUUUACCAAAUCAGUGAAAAGCAGUUUUCCUGUCUUGAUUGGCUCCCAUAACUGCAAUAUUUUUGGUUAUAAUUUACCUUUUUGGCAUGGGAGUGAAAAUGGCAUCUUAUUUUGCAACAGUUUUAGAAGACAAGGUUUCUGUGGCAAAAGCUGUUCCACAAAAUACUAAGAAAGCAAUGAAAUUUGGCUUGUCAUUGUUUACUGGAAGUUAAAAAAUCACCUUCUUUUUGGAUUUGCAAUAAAUUUAUGAAGAUGCAAGUUUCUGAGGUUUUUCAUUUUACUUCAACUGAUUUGGUUAAUUCUAAACAACUGUCCCCUCAGGUUUGGUGCAUAGCACUAGAUAAUACUGUAUAUCUCAAUGCUUUGUAACUCAGUAUAAUAAUAAUAACCCCUGUUCACUUCCCCUUAAGAGAACAGUGAGAUAAUAAUUUAUUUUAAUGUAAUAUCUUUGUAUUAAUUGCUAGUCUUUGUGACUGGCUCAUAAAGUGAACACUCUGAAAGAAAUGAAACCAAAGCAAAAAUACUAAUAAUAAAAUAACUAAAAUCAUGAAUACCAAACAGGCUGUUGAAACUCAAAACAUUUUUCUAUAAACUGUGCCUUACCAGUAUCCCACAGCAUCGCUUCUCCAAGACCCCUUCCAAGUGCCCAUGAUGAUCCUGCAGAUCUGCCUCAAGCAGAGUCCAAAACGAAGCAAAUGAAUACUCUCCAAGUGCCCAUUCCAGUGGGUGAGGUAUCACCAGUGUUAUCGAAGAGGAGUCCAGGUCCUGCCAUUCAUUCUGGUCUGCCACCUGUUCUACCAACCACUGGACCAGGAAUUAAAACCCAGGGAUCUGCAUCAGCUCAUCCAAUCAUCAGACCAGGUUUAAAUGCUAUUGUAAACUUGAUAACAGUAUAGAGCGUAUUCACUCGUGGCCAGCAUCCAUGCAAAUUUAUGGCAACCAAAGAAAUUUUUUACAUAAGAAAAGAGACCAACUCCCACAGGAUUUGUUUGGAACACCAAUAUGGCUGCUGUGAUGUCAUGUGACACAGCACAAAACAUCAGAUUUGUUAGACCAAGGAAACAGUCGACAAUUCACGAUGCCACCACUGGUUUCCCUGUAAAAUGACAUCUGAGAGAACAGGCACAGAAAUUUCAUACUUCUGAUGCAUCACUACCCAGAUCUGGGUAGUGCUUCUGGUCGAUCUUGCCUCGUGGGAAAUUUGCUUAAGCCAAUCAGAAGCACUACCCAGAUCUGAGCUGUGAGGUGUCAUCAGUAUGGAAUAUCUGUGCUUGUUUCUCAGACGUCAACGUAAACCAGUGGUGGCGUCGUAAAAUGUCAGCUGUUUUCUCGGACUACAGAUGUGUAAGUGACUAAUUUGUGUUUUUAGAUGCUGUGUUUGGCCUCUGAGGCAAUCAUCCUCCACAACUGGAUAGAGAGAACCACUUGUCAUGCAGUGUUUGAGAAUUUGCUGUACAUAUUAUUGAUCAUUUCAUUCAUUUCUUUUCUACUAGGGAUUAAGACCUCAGGAAUGAGUGACCAAAUGAGAAGUGAAAGGAAAAGUGAGACUUCAAUGAGAACACCUUCACCAUAUGGAAGAUCAAAAUCACCAGUGUCACGCUCUUUAGCUGUACCAAAAACACCACCUGACCGAAAAAGUCCUCAACCAGUAGCUUCAUAUCACAAAGCAAGGGGGUCAGAAGAUAGCGCUAGGGAAGAUUCAGAUGUGAUUAUUGUGAAAGAGGAUCUUGCAAAAGACAAGUCAAGACUUGAAAAAGAAAGGGAGAGAAGAGAUGCUAGGGACUCUGCUGCCGAGCAAAGCUUCAGGUCACAAGAACCCAUGUCUGCAGAGCAGUUGAGAAACUUGCAGCUUCAACAGCAGUUGACAUUACAGCAGCAGUACUAUCAGCCAUUCAUGCAGGGUGGCAGCAUGCCACUAGAGAUGGUAAAGAACCUCAGCCAGCUGGCAUACUUACAGGGAAUCGCUGACCCCAAAGCAGCACUUGCUGCCCAGUGGAUGCAAAUGAUGUUAGAGCAAGAGAAACAGGUGCAUGGUUGCACAAUUUAUUGAAGCCCAAUUCAUGUAAAACAUAAUUUCCCAACUGUCGUUUACCCGCUUGUUUGUCUUUUUGAAUGGUGUGCUUAGCUAUUCUGUAUCCUUCAGUGUAAAUUACAUGUUGUCACCUUAUGGUAGGAACUUGGUUCCAUGUAAAUAGGUUCAUGUUGCGUUUCUUUCUUAACACCUUUUAACCACUUCUACUUUCCUGUGAAUUUCCAUAUAGGUGCAGCCUGCCUUUCUUCCUGUUAAAAUCAACUUUCAGAGGGUGCAACAUACCCAAUUCUCCCCUCCUUUUCUUGAAAAAUACAUCUCCUGUUGGUUUUGCUAGUUACCUCGGGACAUGAUUGUAAGAAUUUUCACACCUUGUGAUUUCACUCCAUAUGGUCUUGUUUAUGUUUCUAAAGUUAUCCUUGUGGGAAAAAAAUUAAAUAAAAGCAACAAAGUAGCAAUUUUCUGGGACAACAAUGAGUUGCUGAGGAUUGCAUGCAGUUAUAACUGUUUUCUAAGUAUUGUUAAUGUCCAUCAUUUUUAGCGAAGCAGUGGUAGUUCAAGCCACCUAGAAUCCAGACAUUUUGAGAAAAAAGAUGUUCCCAAAUCAAGUGACAGAGCACAAGAUGACAGAAGAAUCAGUGAAUCUGGUACCAAAAAGACUUCUCAAGCUCACGUGGAUGUCAGUGACGUGGAGUUGCGCAGAUUUGCCGGUCAGAGUGACAGCUCACGCUACGUCUCCAAGAACUUGUCCCCUAAAGUGAUGUCAAAACCCUCAGCAGAUGAACCGGCUGAAAAGAGGUUUAGAGAUGAUGCCAGUGAGAAGAAGGGUGAGCUGGAAGAAUUCCUUCAGCAGCAGAAACUCCACCAACAAAUGUUAAUGUUAAAGUAAGAACCAUUUUCUUUUUAUCUUUUAUUCAGGUUUGAGCUGGGCAGGUGUUGGUUUGAGUUGCACCAUGGGAUUGUGUUGAGGAUAGGUCCUACUCAGUUCCCUGUGCACCCUGAUAACAGCCAAUAAAAGAAGCCAUACACCAGCAUCCCCAAAACAAUCCCAUAGUGCAAUUCGACACAAUACCGACCCAAUCUCAAGCACAGCUUUAAGCACAAAAUGGCCAGUUAAGUUUUUAAAGUGAAUUGAAGCAUUAUAAAGGCUUUUUUUUAUGUUUUUUUAUUGUUUUUGACCCGAGUUGCUCCCUUGCUUUCAGGCUUUCGUGGAUGAUGUUUUAGCUUUGAAGUGGUGUCUAAAGUAUACUUAGUUGGGUACAGUCAACUCUCCAUUACACAGUCACCUCUAUAAGAUACACCUCUCUAACACGUACGCCUAGAACUGUUCUCCAUACUUUUUUUUGACUUUCUUUAAGGUGGACACCAAGAUAGAUUCUUGGUGCAAGGGUAGGGGUGUCCAUCUAAGAGAUUUGACUGUAAUAGUUGCUUUGUAAAGAGAGGUUGCACAGUCUCAAACUGACAGUACAGUUAAAAAGAGAGGGCCGGAAAGGAGAAAACCCUCAGCUAUAACCAUACUGUGGGUGUAUGUAAAGUGGGAUAGACUGAAGCGACAAUUUGGAAUGGUGCAGUCUCAGUCUAAAAUCUGUUUAAUAAAUUCUUGGAAAUUACCACUCUUAGUCUGCCUAUUGCAGUCGUUAGUUGUACUUUGCUUAGUCCUUAUACUGUUCUCCAAUUAAGGCAGUUACAAAAGGAACAGAUGGGUGCCAGCUUCCCACCUAAACGACAGACCACCCCUGAAAAGCCAGACAGACUUGCUAUCAACCGAGAAAGUGAAGGGAUAGAAAAUGGUGUCAGGAGCACCAGAGAAAUGGCUGCUCAUCUUAAACCUCCGGUUUGUUAUUAAACACUCUUUUUGAUUAAUGUCAGGAAAUUAGCUACCGCUUUUAUAACAUGUAUAAUUAUAGUGUAUCAUUAAACCCCGUGCAACCGACACAGCAUUGUUGGCCAACGACUCCCAACAUUGUUGGACAUUACAUGAUGCGUCCUUUUGCACACCCUGUUGCAUGUUGUUGCGUGUUGUUGGGACUUGUUGCGUCCGUUUGCACACCACUGCUGCGCGGACGCAACAACACGCAACAUUGUUGGCGCAAUAAUGCUGGGAGUUGUUUCGUCCGUUUGCACACCACUGAAACACGGACACAACAACACGCAACAUUGUUAGCGCGAUAAUGCUGGGAGUUGUUGCUUCGGUUUGCACGUUGCUGUAGUUAUAGAGGAGUUUGUAAACAAUGUGUUUAUUUUGACGUAACUUACAGCUCAGAGAUAAGCCAAGUGUUUCACCGAAACGCGUUUUAAGUUAAUUGGUUCCAGAAAUACUUUAACACAAAGUACGUUAAACUAACGUGCUUGAAGGAACUGAUUUUAUUGUUAGCAUUAGCUCGUUGCGUUUUGGUCUCGUUUACGUCUUUUUUACCUUGUAAUGUUUGGCAGGAGUUGCAGUAGUUGAGUUGAUGUUGGAGAAAAUAUAAUCAAACACUUAACGUCACACAAUAGAAAUUAAUAGCAUCUACAUUUUUUUGACAACAACGAUCAGUUUGAUAACACAACCUGAUUAAAAACUACUUACAGAAAAAAGAUGGUUUCUUAACAUUUGACCACCUUGCAUGAUCGUUGCCAUUUUGCCUUUGUACUUUUUAACAAACGUUCACUAAAGAAAGAAAAAAUUAAUAAAAACGUGCGUCGUGCGUUGCUGAUCUAUACUACACGUGGAUAGAAGUAAGGUCAGAGUAGUGGGGAAUGGAGGUUCAAGGUAAAAAUCAUAAUCUUAGCAGGUUCCAUCUCGUCUGCGGUAUUAUAAACAUUGUUAUCACUUUGUAUCUUUUAAAUUGUAGGAGGCAGUAUCAGCUACUGUGAAGGGGGCAUAUCAAUCUCUUGAGGCAGAAAAUUCUUCCGGCCGAGGGUCUCCUCGCAGUCAAGUUGUGAAAUCUCAAUCAUUGUCUGCAUCAAGGUCUCCCAGACCUUCAAGGUCACCUAUACCAGCGUCACGAUACAAAGACGGCUUAUCAGCCUCCGAUGAAAAGACACAGUUUCAAGCGUACCUUUCGGCACAACUGGGCAUGAGCAACUUUGAUCCGUCUGCAGGUUUGUUGGGCUUUGACAAGUCAACAGCCAGAGUUUUACAUCAUAAACUGAUUCGCCCCACGUAAGGUUAUCCAAGGCAGAUUUCGAAUUCCAAGUACUGCAUUCUGGGCUUUACAACAGUUUCCCUACUUGUCAAAUUCGCUACGUUCGAGUUCGCUACCUACAUAUUCGUCUCGCUGCCUAUUGCAAAGUCCAAAACUAGCACCCUUGGAGGGGCGAGCUUAAAACAACGACAAAUAUAAUAAAAGACUUUUUUCUACAGCGAUCAAGGGAAUAUUUUCAGUGGUUUACAGCAAGUAAUAUGUAGCGAAUUUGUUGCGAACUAGGACGUACCGAAUUCGACAAGUAGCGAAACCGGUUGUUACCCAUUCUGGACUCCUGGUCAGUUGAACUUGCAUCCAGGUUGUCAAUCAUUAGCGGGAUUCGAUUACCUUACAUAGGGGGAGCUGAUGAUACACAAUUAUUCACCCUAAUUCUGAUGAUGAUUCCUUCAGUGGCUGUCGACUUUAAUGUCAGUCACGUUCACUAACAGUUACAUUCAGGACAGCGCUUACCCGGCCAAACGAUCACUUUCACAGUUCUUACGGUUUACCGUGAUUACGUUUAAACUAGCUGUUACGUUGUACUCCUCCUUUUGGGUUUCUUAAGUUGUCCUUUCUAGUAUAUAGCUUGCGUUGCAGCCGGCCCACGCACUCAUCUAAACCAUUUGUAUAGUCUGUACAAAAGGUUUAGAGCGUCUGCGACGCAGGCAAGUUUUAUGGCGUAUAAUAACAUUUGACAGUACAAUACUUUCAGCUUCCCAUGUCAAUUUUAUUUGACUUCAAGAACUAAUCCAAUAAGUUUUCUACAUGCAAGUAUCGAUGAUUGUUAACUAUUUCUAUCUUCAUGUGAUUCUGUAGCGGGUUCAUUACCGUAUGGCGCUCAUCAGAUGCUAGUUGGUUCUCAGUUCUCGGGGCUACCACCCGGGCUGGUCAUGAGCAUGCCAAUGACAAGCCAUGGAGAAACAAGCUUAGUGACGUCAACAGCGCCUACUAGCAGGGAGAGGGAAGAGAGAAGUCCUUACCGUGGCAUGGAUCGCGACCGUUCUUCAUCAACGCCUACAUCACGCUCAAGUCCCCACUCGCGUUUAUCAACUACAGAAUCACAUGAGAGGCUUCAAAGGCUAAAAGAAGCCGAAAAGGAAUCUCGGCACUCGCCAGUCAUGUUUCAAGAGGAGAGAGUCAGGAAUCGCAGUGUCACCAGUGAACAGAAUGUUUCACCCAAGUCUAAUAGGGCAUCGGAGUUGAAAGGUGAAGACAGCUCCGCCCGUGCUCAUCCGAGCAUCAUCUCGAACAACCUUGCAGUUAGUCGCUUGACACCAGGCCACAUUGAUGCUCUAACUGAAGAGGAAUUCAUAAGACAGCAGAGGUUGGCAGCUGACCCGCGCAUGGGUUGUUACAUGUCUCCAGCUCUUAUGAGGACCCUUGACCCUGCUUAUGGUGAGUUGUUGUAUGUCACUGAGUGAUGCAUACUCUCCUGCGUAGUAGACGCUUGAAAGCAAUUUCCAGGCGCUAGAAAGAAUGGGGCGCGCGAGGGGGACACGCUCCCUCUCCCCUCGCGUGUCACCUUCGCGCGUCCCAUUAGCUCUCGCACCCAGGCCCCGGUUGUUCAAACGUUGGAUAGCGCUAUCCGCUGGAUAGAGAUUUACCCGGCCCGGGUUGCUCGAAGCAUGGUUAGUGCUAACCAGCGUUAAAUACCAUGGAAACCUAUACAUUUUGAUACCUCUUAACCAACGGUUAGCGCUAACCAGGCUUCGAGCAACCGGCCCCCGGUGGAUAGCGCUAACCAACGUUUGAACAACCGGGGCCAGAACUUUUAAGCGCCGGUGGUUAGGUGACGCAUUGAUUAGGAUUUCUUCUCGGUAUCUCGGCCCUAACUGUUUUUAUUGUCAUCUAGAAAGACAAUCUAUCUAUCGAUCCUCUCAAUCACAGAAGCACGUACGUGUAACUAGAAAGUGCUUCAAGACACUGUUGUACAUGCACUUAUAAGACAUCUUAACAGUGAUUUUAAGUAUAGUGUUUUGUACUCUGUAGUUUUCUAACGAGGUGCACAUUAUAACCAUGUCAGUUUUCAAACUGAAAAAUUCUCGAAGCUUGAAUGAGUCACCAUGAACAGUUCACGAGUUUAAAAAUUUUUACCUUAAAAAGAGUAAUUGUUCGUAGCAGACAUUUCUGAGUACCCUAUUGGUACGUUCAACUUGUUUUAUCGCCAUUUUUUUCUUCAGCAGCAUCUAUUAUGCAGUCUUCUUCACCACAUAUUGGCCAAAGAAUGGAGCAUUACAGGACCAAAAGGUAUAUUGACUAA